GCUCCGCUCCCUGCCCACGUGACCUGCUCCGUUACUUCCUGCGGCAGCACUCUCUCUCUCGCGCUCGCUGCCGCCUGCAGUCAGUCAGUCUCACCACGCGCAGCUUACUAUCACUGCAUGCCAGUCAACAACACUUUCACUCCGACGCGAAGACUUCGGCUUAGUUUAACCACGUCGCCUAUCCUUCCUCCCGCUGUGUUUUAUUCAACCUAAAAGCUUUUCCCGAGCUCCGUAAGCUGCUUUGGGUAAGAAAAGCGCGUUUGUUGUGCGUGUGAAGGCAGCUCAGUUUCUUAGCAAUGGCGACAGCUGCGGUAUCUGCCCCCGCUGGCGGCGGUCCGAACCCCGGAUCCGGUGCCGAGAUGGUCCGCGGUCAGGCUUUCGACGUCGGGCCGCGCUACAGCAACCUCUCGUACAUCGGAGAAGGCGCGUAUGGCAUGGUUUGCUCGGCAUAUGAUCGUGAUAAUAAAGUGCGUGUGGCGAUAAAGAAAAUCAGUCCGUUUGAGCACCAGACGUACUGUCAGCGCACGCUCCGUGAGAUUAAAAUCCUGCUCCGCUUCAAGCACGAGAACAUCAUCGGCAUCAACGACAUCAUCCGCACCCCAACCAUCGACCAGAUGAAAGACGUCUACAUUGUACAGGAUUUGAUGGAGACAGACUUAUACAAGCUGUUGAAGACACAGCACUUGAGCAAUGACCACAUCUGUUACUUCCUGUACCAGAUCUUGCGUGGCCUAAAGUACAUCCACUCAGCAAAUGUUCUCCACAGAGACCUGAAGCCAUCUAACCUGUUGCUCAACACUACUUGUGACCUCAAGAUCUGUGAUUUUGGGCUCGCCCGAGUGGCCGAUCCAGACCAUGACCACACUGGCUUCCUGACGGAGUAUGUAGCCACACGUUGGUACCGCGCACCCGAGAUUAUGCUCAAUUCCAAGGGUUACACUAAGUCCAUUGAUAUAUGGUCGGUGGGUUGUAUUCUGGCUGAGAUGCUUUCGAAUAGACCCAUCUUCCCUGGGAAACACUAUCUGGACCAGCUUAACCACAUCUUAGGUAUUUUGGGCUCCCCCUCUCAGGAGGAUCUCAACUGCAUUAUCAACAUUAAAGCAAGAAAUUACCUUCUGUCACUUCCGCUCCGCUGCAAAGUUCCCUGGAACCGCCUGUUUCCUAAUGCAGAUCCUAAAGCAUUGGACCUGUUGGACAAGAUGUUGACCUUUAACCCUCAUAAGAGGAUUGAAGUGGAGGAGGCGCUGGCUCACCCGUACCUGGAACAGUACUAUGACCCCACAGAUGAGCCUGUUGCAGAGGCUCCAUUUAAGUUCGAUAUGGAGCUGGAUGACUUGCCCAAAGAAACUUUGAAAGAGCUGAUCUUUGAAGAAACUGCACGCUUCCAGUCAGCUUACAGACCAUAGACUGACACACAGGUGUUGGUCUAGAUUCAGUCAUGCUGAUGCUUCUGUCUCCACUCAGCUGUGUGCUGUGGUCCUCUUUUGGUCUUCAUCGCAAUCAUCAUCAUCAUUAUCUUUAUCUCCUCCUCUUCCCAAAUCCCAAAACUACAGGCAGCCCUUCAGUUCUUCUGGCCUCGUGCUGGCUCCUGCUCUCUUCACCUGCUUCUCUCUUACGGUCUCAUUACAAUGAACGUGCUUCUCACACUCUCUCUUCCUGUCCAUCUGUGCGAAAGUUUGCCCACGUGUGUUUGUGUACAACAUCUCAUCAAGGUUUUUUGAUUCCGAUUAACCCCUCGCAGUCCUCUGAUACACUUCGGUAAAUAAUGUCUAUGAUAGUGUUGUUGUUGUGCUUCUUUCUAGCCUCCUGUUAAUAUUUCCAACAAGCUGGUUUUCUAAAGUGUCUGUAAGCCAUUUUGAAGUCCCACAGAGGUCAAACAGGGAGAGAAUGAGGGCUCAGAUCUCCUCUAUUCUUAAAUAUAUAUGCAGUGGACAGGCAUUUAUCCACAUUGUGCAUCGCCAAUUUCCUCAAAGUGCACAGAGCUCGAAAUUUGCCACGGUGCCAUUUUAAGGCGUUAAUAUAUUUUCAUAAAAGCAAAUAUGUAUUAACUAAUGACCCAUUAAAAUGUAUUCAAACUUUUUCAUUUAUCAGAUUGUUUUAUAACCCCCAUAUAAGUGACUUGACUUAUAUACAUAUACAUACAUGUGUGAUUUUUAAAAACCUGUAAUUAUUUAUAUACAUUAAAACCUGUAGGUAGUUAUAAUAUAUAAUUACAAGUUUUUAAUCAACUUAUUAUAUAAAUGAUUUGUACAUUGAUUCUCAGUCAUGAUCACUUCUAGAAACUUUAGAAAAGACAAAUCCGUUAAAUUUGCACCAAAGAUUCCCCUUUGAAGAUGUUCUGCCAUUUUGGAAAAUGUGUACUUGUGUCCAAAAUUUGACUUAAGCUCUCACAUUACUGUACAGUACCUGCCAAAAAAAAAAAUAUAUAUAUCCCAAAAUCCAAGUGUCUUUAAAUCUAAAGAUGCACGUAGGUCCAUUUAGAAAGUAGACUUUAUCAUUUUAGUUUAGAGGAACUUCUGUCAUGGGACGAAGAACAGUUCUGUGAUUUUAAAUCAUAACUGGUAAAUUUUCAAUCAGUGUCUAUUAUAAUCGCACAGUGCCUGUCAUCUGUAUUCAUUUUUUCCCUUUUUGUAUUUUUCUUUGUAUUAUAUUUGCUUUCCUUGCACCCCCAGGCGCCUUGUAUCAAUAAGACUGUGCCCCUUGCAUGACUGUUAAGAAGCUUUCUAUACAAAGAAAAUGGAAGUGCCACAUUGCUGGGGAUUCCGCUACUGGACUCUCAGGUUUUUGUUAUAUCCUACCUUUUGUGGUCUCAUAUAUAGAGUAUUAGCAGUUCAAAAAGAAAAGGGAAAAAAAGCUCUUUAUUUUGCUUGUACAUUUCAGUUGCACUUCUUUCAAAAUCCAGGUUGCUUUCAGUGUUUGAAGAAGAAAUAUUAAUUAUCAAGAUUAGCUUUUUAGAUGAACUAGCUCAACCAGAACGUCAGGUUUAAUCCCACGUGGAAAUUAGGAGCAUCUAGCCAUGGAAAUGCACCUUUUAUUAAUCAAUUUCAAUCAUGAGAUACUGUCUGCUGGUGAAUGAAUAAAGUGGUGUGUCAAUACCCAGGCGAAAUGAGUCUACCUGGAUCUAUGUGUGCUGUAAUGCAUACUAUUGUGCAAUUUGUAAGCGAGACCGCACUUUGUGAAAAUGGACACCUAAGAAAUUAAGUUAUUGAUACUGAUAUGCGCAUAUGUGCAUGGCUUCAUUAAGUGUUUCUUUCCCACACUGGCUUCCUCUUUUGUUUACUUACCCUACAUUUCUUUUGCCUAUAUGUAUCUGGCAAGACGCCUCCUAGUGGUGGUAUCAGAUUUUGGUUGAUCAAGGAGAGAAUGGGCAAUUCUCUUAUAUAAAUAAUGAAUAAAAAUAUAAAAAAUUGUGAAACUCUGUAAGAAAGCUUCUGCCGAAUCCGUGUCUGUUUCUGUGUGCCUUGAUGCGUCACAAAUAACAUUUAUUGUGCAGCUUUGUUUAGUUGGAGAUCAGUUGUGAUUUUAUUUGCAGUAUACUCUUGAAAUUUAUAUAUAUAUAUAUAUAUAUAUAUAUAUAUAUAUA